GUCAUGAGGGUGCGUAUACUACUAGUAGCUGCCACUUUGACCGCUUUGCUCUUGCUGCACGCAAACACCUUUCAUUUAAUGGGUCCAUCACUCGGUCUCCUGUCAGCUUCUCCCGACACACGCAUCCAUUCUCGGAGAGCGAGUUGCCUGUCAGCCCUUUGCACCCAGCACGAAAUCUUUCACUUGUGGCAAGACUGGAGCGGAAGCAUCCUUGACUCGUCCACCGACUAGCUCAAUCGUCAACGAGCGUGGCGAAUCUCUCGAACAAACAAGCGUUGCUCCCCGAGGCACGAGGCAAGAGCGACUCAGCCCCUCUGCUCUAGAUCAUGUCGAACAUGGCUUCCACUUCGCGCAGUGCUGACCAGGCAGUGUUACCCGCCAACGUCGAGGCGCCUCGACAGCUGUGCGUGCAUGCGGCCCGACCGGGCCCUCCCAGCAGCAGCUUGAGCUUGGGUUUGGGAGAUGCGGCCAUACCUGGACAAGUAUUCAAAGCUUCGAAAGAACGAAAUGUACGAAGAGUCAGAGGGGCUGCGGUCUGGUAUGCUCCUUUCGAAGGAGAAGUCAGGGUAGUCGAUUCAUCGACCAGCGAAGCGUUGUCCACCUAUCUGCUACCUGCUCCUCACUCCGGCCACGCCUACACAAACGUCGCACCUCAUCUGCCCAGCCUCAUCUCCUCUCCUCUUGUCCUCUUCAACGCUCCUUCCGCUUCUCCCGACAUCGAUACAGAUUCGAAAUUGACGCACGCCUACCUACCGGCACGCAAGGGAGAAGAGUAUGGUGUGAUGCAGUGGAUAGAGAAGGGUGGAACAGCAGAGAGAAGCUGGAUCUCGCUUCACAAACCUGCUGCUCAUUUGGCCCUGCUCAGUGCCACAGUUCUACUAGCGCUGCACGCCGACGGCUCGCAAUCCCUUGCAGACCUGAGCAACAAAGACAUGCACUUUGUCCAGACCUUUUUGCCGUCCUUGACGAGUCCUAGUCAGACGCAUUCGGUCCUCGCUGUGUUGGCGGGCAAGUCGGCGUGGGACAGAUUCCCCCCGCUCAAACCUAGUGCAGGCUUGGACGAAAGCAACAGCAAGGCUUUGGUCUUUUCGCUGUGUGGAACAGCGGCACCCGAAGUGAUCGGAGCGGCUUCAGCGGGAAAACGAAGAGGCAAAGGCCACAAGAGGGACAAGAGGGAAGAAGGCGCACCACAGGUACAGCAGUCGCAGCAGAGUGCAGAAAGCGCCUCGAGCAGGAAGAAAUCCAAAACGCUAAUUUUGCGCAUACACAUCGUCGAUCCGACUGCUUGCAGAGCUGAAUCUGAAGCGCAGGGUCCAAAUGGUCUGCUGGCUGAUCUACCCAUCCAGUCGGCACGCGCAGACGAGCUGCUUUCGAUGUCGCUGAGCAGCGACGCCAAAAGCCUGGUCACCUUGUCCAUUCAAGGAGUUCUUCAACAGUACACACUCAAUCUCUCGACAACAUCGGGCGCAUCCUCGCUCGUUCAGUCGCCGACACUCACGAUGAUUCGAUGUCCAUCGCCGCCAACAAAAAUGGCCAAAGACGCUGCUUUAUCUUCGACCUCUUCCAAGGUGAAGAGCCCUUCCCUACCUGCCGGCACCACCAUGGUGCACCUUCCGCACGACCAUGUGCUCUUCGUGCUGCCGCCCAGCGAAGGCACUUCGACUCCCCAGCCUGGAGCAUACCUGAUCAGCUUGGUGCUCGGCGCAGUGCUGGACUAUGAGCCUACUCAGGUGCCUGGCACUUCGGGAGCCCAAGGUCAGACGUCUCUGAGCAUUAGAGCUGCUCGGAUUGGAGGAGGCGUCCUCCUCACUCAGACGCGCGUGCACGGAACACGAGCUUCGAUGAGCAAAAAACACAAGGACUCCUCUGCCGCUGUCGGAUCUGGACCUGGAGAGUGUAGAGUCGCGAGCGUGCCAGUGGACGUUCCGAAUGCAGCUAGCAUCAAAUGGGCUAUCGGACAGGAGACUAGAGCCUGGACGAACGCGUUGCUUUGGCCUCCUGGCACGCCCAUCUCAGUCAGUCUGUCGACGCUGGCUUCUGCCAAAGCAUCGCAUGCGCAUUCAUCGACGGACCCGACGGCAGAGAAGCACGAACUCGUCGUGGCUCUACGAGCUGCAGACUCUGCAAGCGCCAAGGAUGACGUCUUCAAAGCAUGGUAUGAUGUGGAAAAGGGAAAGAUCGCUCAGGCGGAAGCGAAAGCUGCGCGCACUCGGACGAGCGAGCUUGCGCACGCUAGGAAAGUGGCCGCCCGCAGGAACAGGCAGGCGAAUAGUGGGACGAUGGGUAAGAGCGAGGAUGAGGAGGAGAGGGAUGUGCAGAUGGAGCUGGAAAGGUUGAUGCUGCAAAAAGAACGGGAAACGGAUGCGAAUGCGAAAGAAGGCAAGAUGCAGGGAACGGAUAAGCAGCAAGCGUCAAGGCCUGCCUUGCCUGGCGCAGUCGUAAGACUAGUGAUAGAACAGGCUUUUGCGCAUGCGCAUGCGCCCAACAAUCCGGCCGUCGCUUCCACUCUGGUGCACCACUUGAUGCUGUGGAGAAUGCUCUCUGCGAGUCAGGUGUUGCAAUUGUCGUCCACCGACGAACACGACAAGCAAGGCGAAUCUAGAGGACUCAUUGCUCGGCUGCUGGACCUGCAAGAAUGGGACUUGGCACUUUUGGCAGCGACGAACGUGUCGGAUGUUCAAGAGUUUGAGCUUGUCCUUCUCUUGCUGCGUUCUUUUAGAGCGGAGCGAGGACGAAAGCGGGGCGAUGCCUCGUCUAACAAGGGAGUAGCAACAGCAGCUUCGCCCGCGCGCGUGCUGGCGGUCCUGACUAGCAGACCCGAGCUGAUCGAUUCGGCAGCUUUCAAACAUGCUCUGCUCAAAAGUCAAUUGACGGAUGCGGAUCGCGUAGCAGAUCUGCUCGCGAGGUUGCACGAUUGGCUGGCGGAAGGGUUUAUAAAUCAGACGAGUCACUUGGGCAAGGGAAUAAAGGUCAAUGUGAACUUGGUGCCGAAGCUGAAGAAGAAAAGGGGCAACAAGCUAUCGCACACGGAGAGAGCGCAUGAUGAGAACAAGAUCGUCAGACCUGGAGUGGACGAGUGCCUGACAAUGUUGACGGUACUAUUGGACGUCUAUUUCCCGCUCCUUUUGCAAUCCCCAACAACUUGGAGCGUCCUCACUCGACUAUCCAAGACGCUCUCUCAACUCUUACGAUCUUCCAACGCCCUCAAAAACCUCUUGGGUCCUCUAUCCGCUUUCCAGCGCCUCUCUUCCGACCUUUCGCACAUUUCCAAAUUCUCUCCCAACCAGCACCAUCCUCAGCACCAUGCCGCUGCCGCAAAUGCAAGCGUGACAGAGUCGGAAAGACAAACGAGCGCAAGACGUACAGCCGUCGCUGCCGUCGACCUCAGAUCGGCUCCUACUGGCGUCAAGGAGACCGGAGGCGGAUUGGGACACGCCAAUUUGAUAGCUGCAAAGACGGCGCACAGGACCGGAGAGGCUAGAAAGGGAGAUUCGGUGCGCGUAAAGGCUAUUCAGGAAAGCGCGCUCGUCGGUCCGUAUACAGUCGAGAGAUUGGCUUUCUAGCUAAGCUUUCGUCGUGCGCCUUGUCCCUGCAAGACAUGUACCGCCGCGUCAAUCGCGCUAAUGCUCAGGCCACACGGCUGAAGUCUUUGUCCGCACUUUCUGUGCACUACAUUUGUUUUUCCUCAUUUGUCGAGCACGCGAAAGAGCAUACUGUAAUACAUGGCGCGAGCCUCGAGAGCACAAACACACGAAAAGAAGACGGAAAUGCGGUGCCAUCGGCAACGCCGUGCGCCGAGCUGAAGCGCGCCAUUAGUGUCCUACCUUUAUUUCCUCUCCGCUUUCCCCCUCCUCCCCCAUUCCCUUCCUCGACUGCCGCCCAAACAUUUUCGCCUCACUUGGACUUUUGUUCGUCAUUGUUCGCAGCGCCCCCGCCGGCACUGGUUGCGGCGGCCAUCCGCUUGCUG